CGCGUCGUUUUUUCUGGGUCCAUUAACACUACAACAUUCCACUUUCCCCAUUUCAAUUUCAUUUUGCCCUAGCUACUUCAUCCGUCUCUCCUCUCUGCUCUACCUUAUCGCUCUGCUCUAUCUCGAUCGCUCACCUGCAAGACUCCCCUCUCUGAAAAAUAUUUUGCCUUUUCAUUUCAUAACCAUCUCUCUCUGGAGUUCCAACCCUUAUUACGUUUCUUUGCCGCCACUGCGCUUAUAUGUGCGUUGAGCUUUUGACACCAAAAGCAAGGCCAGGCUGGGUGUUGUCUUGAUCAAAAUUAUUCUGUUCAGCAUUUGGUUGAGAGCCUUUAUAGAUCAGGCUUUUCCAGGAAGGAUAAAUAAUAAGCUGAUAAUGAAACGAACAGUUAGUGAAGUGGAAAAAGUGAGUGAACAAAAUACCGAAGCUUCAACUUCAAAAUCAUCCCAACCACCACCGAAGAAGAGACGGGGCCCAACACGAUGCAAGAAUGUCAUAGAUGCGACAACCUUAUUACCUUUAAGGGUUAAUAAGUUUGCACAACCGAUCGGUCCUGGAAGUGGUACAUCUACUAAUUAUUUGGGAACACUUGCCCGGAAGGGUAAAUUAGCUCCUUUGUGCUACAAAACUUGGUGGGAGAUGCCUAAACGGCUGAAGGAGGAUAUGUGGAACAUUGUAAAGGGAAAAUAUGAUGUGGGAAUCAUGUCAAAAUAGUGGACAUUAUCCUCCAUCGGAAAAAAAUAGAGGGGGUACAAGUGUGAAUUAAAAAAUGAAUACUACUCGGUUAGGGAUACAGAUGAAGAAAGAUUGGCAAACCCACCACCUGAUGUUGAAAAGGAGCAUUGGGAAUUUUUGGUUAGGCAUUGGGGUACGCCUAUGGCGAAGGAGGUCAGCAAAAAAAAUAAAGAACGUCGUGGGAAGCAGACAAUGAUGCAUACUACAAGGACAAAAAGCUUUGCACGUGUUUCUGCCGAGACUAGUUGAAGUUUUUAUGGAAAAUAUAAAUUAUUUCAAUUCUUAUGUCGUUGAAUGAUUAUAAAUGUUAGUGGUAAAUAAUAUAUAUCACAAUGUCUAUGUUUCUUUUAUAGAUUGAGGAAGACGAAGGUAUUCAGCUUUCUCGUGCAGAUUUAUUCAUCCGCACACAUGUAAAUAAGGAUGGCAAAGCUACUGAUGCUGCUGCUUCGGAGAUGAUUGAAAACAUAAGAGAACUUCAAAAAAGUUACUCUGACUCGCCUAUUGGCAAUUCCAAUGAUUUGUUCUCCAUUGUGAGGGGAGGAGAGAACUGGUCGUGUGGGAUGCUUGGCUUCGGGCCUACACCAAGCGAUGUUUGGGGGCCUCUCCUAGUAGAACUGAUUAAUAAUGUCAAAAAAUCUCAGGAGGAGGCACGUGUAGAGUUGCAGGAGAUGAUUUCAAAAAUGCAAGCUGACUAUGACAAUAAGUUGGAAAAUUUACGAGCUAACUACGACGACAAGUUAGAAAAUUUACAACAACAGGUGGUUAUGCUAGUGCAGAUGCAACAACAAAAUUGUAGUGGACAGGGUUUUGAUUCUUUAAAUGCUCCUCCUAGAGUGUCCCCAAAUUCAUUUUUAUUAUUAAGGGUAAUUCAAAUCAAAUGGGCAAGAAUUGUUGAAGUUGAAGCUGAAGCUGAAGCUGAAGAUGGGGUUGUGGCUGUGCUUUCUGAAUUUCCUUCUCCUUGGAUGGGUCCUUUUUGAAAAACUUAUACUACAUUUGUCAAAAAUUCUUAAUUCUUUUUGUGUGACAUUUAGUAGCUUUAUUUAGACAAUUUGGAUGGUAUUUUCAUAGUGGCAGGUUAACUUGUGGUUGUAUUAGUAUACAUUUUGGCUUUUUGGUUGACAUUUACCUGCUUUAACAAUUAGUAGCCAAUUUCGAUGGUAUUUUUCAUAUUGGCAGCAGGUUAACUUGUGAUUGUGUUAUGUUAAAACAAUUUGGAUGGUAUUUUUAUAUUGAUUUGUGUUA